UUUUUAAUUUUUGAUUUUUGUUUUCAAUUAAAAUAAUACUACAAUCUUGUCCUAAUUCACACUAAAAUUCUAAGUAAUUGACGAAAGAUGAAAGUCCAUAUUGAGAAAUAACUCAAAACAGAAUAUCUCGAAAGAUUCCAAUUCAAAUUUUUCUCAAGUUUUAUAUCUCUUAGAAAUAUGCAUAUAUAUAUAUAUGUAUAAAUUAGAUACCAGUUGCACAAAGUCUGCAUUCAACACCAACACCAUAAAAUGAAUCGAAACUGGUUGUACUCCAUCACUGUCCUCAUCUUCCUGACAUCCAUGAGUUCAGCAUUAAUCCCCAAACCAUAUGAAUACAAUCAAACAACUAAAUUGUGUAAUAUUGUUGAAGCAUUGGAUAUUACAAAUGAAUACUAUUCAUGUUUUAUCCUAAAAGAAGCCUUAAAACGAUUCGAUGAACGUUUAGCUAAGAGUAAUACCCCGUUACCAUCAAAUGAUCCAGCUGAUUGUGUUAUCAAUUCAUUAACUAUACAAAUAGAACAAUCGUGUGAUGAGACAGAAAAUAAACUUUGGCCAUCUGAUAUGAUGGAUGAAUCAUACUCACUGAAUAUUGCUGAUGGGGUUAUUGGAAUAUAUUCACAAGAGAUAUGGGGAACGCUGCAUGCUCUGGAGACAAUUCUUCAACUAGUCUACAGAAGUGAAUCAGAUUCGAAAGUGAUGUAUGAAGGUGCUAUCAGUGAUGUACCAGUGUUUACACAUCGUGGAAUUAUGAUCGAUACUGCUAGACAUUAUCUCAGUAUCUCUGAAAUCGAGAAGAUGAUUGAUGCCAUGUCGAUGGUUAAAAUGAAUGUUCUUCACUGGCAUGUGACAGACGAUGAAUCAUUCCCUAUGGCUAUCACCGCUUUUCCUGACCUUUCUACACAGGACACACAAAGUUGGAGCUGCGGGUAAACUGGAUGUUCACAGGCUGACAAAAUCCCUUUCCAAAAUUUGUUCCAUGAAAUCAAGUGGCUAUCAAUGACAGUGUCAACUAUAUGGUCCAAUGGGAUACCACUCACCGUACUGAAAACCUUCAGAGUUCUAUGAAGUAUGACACAGUCUUUUUUAAGCAAUCCAGAAAGAAUAAGGGUGGUGAACAGUAAAGAAGAAUAGGUAAGAUGCACGAGUUGACAAACUGUAAGACGAGUGGUUGGGUUAUGCCUCAGUGCCUUAACUUCUUAAUGUAAAAUAUCUGAAGAAAUAUUCUUUUGUAAAUUGCUAAGAGAUGGGAAAACCAGGAUAGCUCAGAAGAAAGAAUUAAUCCAAGAUAUUUGACUUCAGACUUGACUUCUAUAUUAGUAUCAUCAAUUUUGCAACGUUCAUAGAAACCAACGGCUUCAUUUAACUUUCUUUUACAUCGGAAACUGAAAUGAACAGUUUUACAUUUGGAAGGAUUUAGU